AAAUCACUUUCAGCUUUCAAAUCUCAAACUCUUUAAAUUCCCAGCCUUGAAUCCACCUGACCUGUGCCUCGUACUCCCAUAAUCCCAUUUCGCAUCCGGUUCUAGCUUUCCUUGGCUUCCCAUUUCCUCGAUCUCCAGCGAUGUCGCUCGCCGACGACCUGGCCGCCGUCGAGCGCGGCGGCCACAUGGUGCCAUCGAAGGCGGCGGGUGUCGACGGCGACGGGGAGCCGCGGCGGACGGGCACCAUGUGGACGGCGAGCGCGCACAUCAUCACGGCGGUGAUCGGGUCCGGCGUGCUGUCGCUGGCGUGGGGCGUCGCGCAGCUGGGGUGGGUGGCCGGCCCCGCGGUGAUGCUGCUGUUCGGCGCCGUCAUCUACUGCUGCUCCGUGCUCCUCGUCGAGUGCUACCGCACCGGCGACCCGUACACCGGCCAGCGCAACCGCACCUACAUGGACGCCGUCCGCGCCAACCUCGGCGGGACCAAGGUGAGGCUCUGCGGCGUGCUGCAGUUCGCCAACUUCUUCGGCGUCUGCGUCGGCAUCACCAUCGCCUCCUCCAUCAGCAUGCUGGCGAUCAAGAGGGCGGGGUGCUUCCACGUGAGAGGGCACGACCAGAGGGAGGCGUGCGGCGGCUCGAGCCGGCCGUACAUGGUGGUGUACGGCGCGCUGCAGGUCGUGUUCUCGCAGAUCCCCAACCUCCACAAGAUGUGGUGGCUCUCCACGCUCGCCUCCGCCAUGUCGCUGUCCUACUCCGCCAUCGGCAUCGCCCUCGGCGUCGCGCAGAUCGUAGCGAACGGGGGAAUCAGGGGCACCAUCACGGGCGUCUUCGUCGGCGCCGGCGCCGGCGUCACCUCGAUGCAGAAGGUUUGGCGGAGCUUCCAGGCGUUCGGGAACAUCGCGUUCGCAUACGGCUUCUCGUUCAUCCUCCUCGAGAUCCAUGACACGGUGAAGCCGGUGGCGCCGCCGUCGACGGAGACGAAGGUGAUGAGGAAAGCGGUGGCGGUGAGCGUGGCGACGACGACGGCGGUGUACCUGAUGUGCGGGUGCGUCGGGUACGCGGCGUUCGGGAACGACUCGCCGGACAACCUCCUCACCGGGUUCGGGUUCUUCGAGCCCUUCUGGCUGCUCGACCUCGCCAACGCCGGCGUCGUGGUGCACCUCGUAGGCACGUACCAGGUGGUGGCGCAGCCGGUGUUCGCGUUCCUCGACGGGCGCGCCGCGGCGGGCGCGUGGCCCGGGAGCGCGGCGCUGGGCAAGAGGAGGCGGGUGCUCCGCGUGGGCUCCCUGGCCGAGAUCGAGGUGAGCCCGUUCCGUCUGGCGUGGCGCACGGCGUUCGUGUGCGUGACCACGGCGGCGUCCACGCUGCUCCCGUUCUUCGGCUCCAUGGUGGGGCUCAUCGGCGCGGCGUCGUUCUGGCCGCUCACCGUCUACUUCCCCGUGGAGAUGUACAUCGCGCAGCGCCGGGUGCCGCGGGGGAGCGCGCAGUGGCUGUCCCUCCAGGCGCUCAGCGCCGGGUGCCUCGUCGUGUCCGUCGCCGCCUCGGCGGGAUCCAUCGCCGGCGUCGUGGAGGCGUUCAAGGCGCACAACCCGUUCUGCUGGACGUGCUGAAUCAUCUGAGGCCUUGUUCGUUUAAUUCUAAGAAAAAAAGAGAGGUUGGAGGAACUGAAAGGAAGUAAUUUCACAUCACAAUACAUAUGAAAUACUCCCUCCGUCCCACAAUAUAAGGAAUUUUGAUUUUUUGUUUGUAACGUUUGACCACUCGUCUUAUUUAAAAUUUUAAAUAAGAUGAGUGGUCAAACGUUACAAACAAAAACUUAAAAUCCCUUAUAUUAUGGGACGAAGGGAGUAAAUCCCUUCAAAUCCCAUCAAUCCCAUGAGAGGGAUUAAACGAAUCAAGCCUGAUAGUCAAAACUGACCACCUGAGCCAGAACUUGUAUCGAAUCUUGUACUGUCUAAUAUUGCAAAUUCGCAACUGCAAACAGUAAGAUGCUACUAGCAAAGUAAUAGUAGCAAAGUACUAGCAAUUAGCAACUCGUGUAGUCGAACGUGUGUCAAUUGCUCGUGUUCAGUUCAGAGUAGAGUUCAGAGAGCGUUGAUGGGCUAGGGCUACUAAAAUUUAAGGCCUAGCAUGGCACGAGGUGGCGAGGGGCCCAGCCCAUCAGUACUCCUGUUAUUUCCCCCAUUUUAGGCCCAGCCCAUCAGUACCAUCUCUUCUUUUUCCAUUGAGUAAAUUUCAGAAAACUGUAACUUUAGUGAUAAAUGUAUCAGUUUGCUGCAACUUUAGCGACAUGUUUCAGUUUGCUGCAA